AUGACUAAAAUAGACAUGAUCUUGAAAGUGUUAUAUGCUAAUCAUGUGGUGGUAGUGGUGGUGGUGGUGGAGUGGAGUGGUGGUGGUGGGGAUGGAAGUUGUGGAGGAGGAGGUGGUGGUGGCAGCUUGGUGGUGGUGGUGGUGUUGGUUGUGGAGGUGGUGGUUAUGAUGGUGGUGGCAGAGGAUGAGGAUGUGGUGGGGGUGGUGGUGGUGGCGGUGGUUGUGGAGGUGGUGAAUGUGGGGUGGUGGAGCUAG